CUCUCUUUACCGUGGUGAGCUCACCUGGGCCUGGUAUAGAUGAAUGCGCGGGCCUGUCGCUCUGCUUUACUCUUUUCUUUGGUUGGUAUUCAGGUCCUCCCCCUUCUUGUCUCAAACCUACCACUCCAACGUACAUCGAGCCAACGCAGGAACGAGAGUCUCGUCCUUGACGUCUACACCCAAGCCUUGUCUCAUCCCUUCCACGCAUAUCGUACACAGUCCAGACUCAAUUGACGAAUAGGUGACCUAUAUCGAUCCCUCUCGCUUCGCCCACCAUGUCGUCAGCCAUGAAGCGACUCUCGACGCUUGCCGCGCACUUCGCUCCUUCUUCAAGCUCGCCCACAGCAGCAGACAACAGCACAACCGACAAUAUGGCGACCAACGGAGCGCAACAACCUUACCACAUUCACCAGCUAAGCCCUACCUUCUUCCUGCCCAGGGCAGCUGCGAUCGAGCCUAAUGCAAUCGCUUCUGUACACAAGACCGCCAAUGGCAAGAUGCUGCGAAGGACAUAUCAAGAGACAGCAGAUCGAGCUCGAGGAUUGGCAUACUACUUGAAAAAGCAUGGUUUCAAGAGAGUGGGCAUCCUCUGCACCAACACGCCAGCAUUUCUCGAGGCUAUCUACGGCAUCGGUGGUGCCGCUGCAGUCAAUGUAGCGAUCAAUUACCGUCUCAAGAUGGACGAUAUCACAUAUAUCUUCGAUCAUGCCGAGGUUGAUUUUAUAAUCGUCGACGCUGAGUUUCGACACCUGCUCGAUGGGUUCCGAAAGCAGCAUCCAAAGAUCCCGUUCAUCGUGGAUACAGAUACCGAUCAAGAUACUGGCGAGUUCGAUCAGGCAGUUCUCGAAGGUCUGAAGCACGAUUCGCAAUCUGGUGGACAAGGCUGGGCAGGCCUCGAGACACAAGUCGCUCACGAGGACAGCUUGGUCGCUCUCGCAUAUACAUCUGGCACCACUGCUCGGCCGAAGGGUGUGGAAUACACGCACCGCGGUGGCUAUCUCGCAGCAUUGGGCAAUGUGGUUGAGUCCAACUUGAAUGUUCCACACCCUGAAGCUAGCAGAGCGCACUAUCUCUGGACGCUCCCAAUGUUCCACGCCAUGGGUUGGACCUUUCCUUGGGCUGUGACAGCUGUGCGUGGAACUCACUACUGUCUCCGCAAGAUCGAUUAUCCCUACAUCUGGAAGCUCUUGAAGGAGGAACAAAUCUCGCACUUCAAUGCUGCUCCAACAGUCAACACUCUCCUUCUCGCCGAUUCCAACGCCACCAAACUCGCUCACCCAGUGCGCGUGACAGUGGCUGCCUCGCCACCAACAGCUCAUCUCUUCCAGCAAAUGGAAGAGCACAACCUACGACCAGUCCACGUCUACGGCCUUACAGAGACCUACGGCCCCAUCACAAAAGGCUACCAGCUACCCGAAUGGGAAAAUCUCGAGACAAAGGAGAAGUACGCCAAAAUGGCCCGCCAAGGCCACGGUUUCAUCACCUCACUACCUGCCCGUGUUAUCAAAACCAACCAAGACGAAUCGGGCUCGUGGGACGCUUCCGAGGUCAUCGAAGAUGUCGUCAAAGACGGCAAAGAGAUUGGUGAAAUCUGUUUCAUUGGAAAUAUUUGCGCUCGAGGUUACUACAAAGAUGCGGCAGCAACGAAGAAGCUUUUCAUUGGAGGUGUACAACAUUCUGGUGACCUGGCUGUCUGGCAUCCCGACGGUGCGAUCCAAAUCCUCGAUCGCGCAAAAGACAUCAUCAUUUCCGGCGGAGAGAACAUCUCUUCCGUUGCAUUAGAGGGCAUGCUAGUCACGCAUCCAGAUAUCUUGGAAGCAGCCUGUGUAGCUGUGCAGGAUAAGCAAUGGGGUGAGGUGCCGAAGGCUUUUGUCACAGUCAAGAGCGGAAAGAAGGACUUGAAGGGAACUGAUAUCAUUGCGUGGGCGAAGAACGUUAGUGGGAUCUCGCGAUUUAUGGUUCCGAAGGAGAUUGAGAUCAUUGAGGAGUUGCCUAAGACGAGUACGGGCAAGGUGAGGAAGAAUGUGCUCAGAGAUUGGGCCAAGGGGAAGAAGAGGGAGGCUGAGUAACCGGGUUCGUAAGAACCAUCUGGAAGGCCAAGGAUGACGCCGCCCUCUCUUUCUGGGCGAAAUGCUUGCUCCCUGUUUGAUGGCAAUGGUUGCCGAUAUGUUUGUGUUUCUUUUAUCGACAAAUUUCGAGCAAGCUUUCCGAGUUUUACAAGACAUCUGCGUCCCAUCCUCAAGUCAAGUCUUCUGUUCUGUACUAUCAAGC